AAAGACAUAAUUUCAUUUUCAAACAUAAAUUUGCCCAAAUCUUUGCCCGUUCUACAGUGCAGCUAUCUUGAAAUAGCAACCAUUUUCUCAUCGAUUUGCAGAAAAAGGAAGCAAAAUCCCAAUAUCUCGAAUGGAUCCGGAGGCUGCACGUACAGCUCGUGAUUCACUGGAGCUUGUAUUUCAUAUGUCGAACAUUCUGGACACUGGCCUCGAUCGUCACUCUCUUUCUGUUUUGAUUUCCCUCUGUGAUUUGGGUCUUAACCCUGAAGCAUUGGCUGCUGUAAUUAAAGAGCUUCGCCAAGAAAACCCCUCUUCUGCUUCUGCUUCUCAUCAAAGGACAAUGCCCCCCUCAGUGCCUUAGCCAGGUUAAUCUUUAGUGGAUUUGUCAAAUUUCAGGAAGAGCUCUUGGUUUUCAGUUUUUUUUUUUUUCUCACUGUUAAUUUUGUGUGUAGUUUCUCUCUUUGUUUUAAUUGGGUAUUAAGCACGAUGUAAUGUAGUAUUCUGCUCUGCUUCUUCACCAAAAAAAGUUGUGUUUGCUUGUUAUUGACUACAUGUUCUUGUAAUGUGCAUUAGCUGAUAUUAAUUGACUUCAUUUGUAGUGUAAAUGAUUGUGGUUGUUCAAUCC